UCCUCGCUUGGACUAGGCAUACUGUUAAGUAGCGAAAUUAGCUCCGAAAGUGUUUCAGUCAACAAAGAAGAUAUAAUAUAUAAAUUCUUUUGUAUUCCUCAUCAAACAAAGUUUAUUCUGAUACCUCUUUUACAUAACCUUUUUAAUGAUUUUUCAAAUUAAUAACGCAUUCCGUUUGCAUAUAAAUGUAUACAAGUAUAUAAUAUUAAAAAUUUUAACAAAUAAAGCUACAUAUAUAGUACACAAAUAAUGGAUUCUGUAAAUAAUAUUUUUGAGCCUUCUGUGAUGUCAACUCCCAAAGGAGAAGGUAAGAGAUAAAUUUACUAGCGUUUCUUCUUUAAUGUACUUGUUCCUUACAGACCAGCGCAUUGUCCAAAAGAGGUGGCAAACGUGCAACUCAUAUAACGACUCACAGGGCCCUUCCACAUCUAAAAGACCACACACUGAGAAAAAUGGUAUACAAUGAAUUUUUUUAUUUAAAGCUGUUCAUGAUUUUGUGGAAAUAGUAUUGGAUUUGCAGUUGGAACUGCAUUUGCAUAGUUUAUACUUGCCACCAUACCAACCGCAUUUUAUUGUUGUGAAUUUACAAAUGCACCGAAAUAUGCAAAUGCAAGAUUAAUUAACGAAUUGAAUUAACGAACAAGAUUUUUCAUGAAGAACAUUGUAAAUAUUCUUCAAAUGUGGAUAUCAUUUCAGAAGUGCUUAAACUGCUAACAAAUAUUUGUCAAAAACUUAAUGCAGUGGAGGAACGUAUGGGUAAAAUGGAAACAAAGAUUAUGACCAUAGAGAAGAUACUUGCUACAAACGUAAAUAUACUAUACUCAUGGACAAAAGUGUUAGGCACCGGUACUUUUUAAAAUUUUUCCGAAGUUUUGCAUGUCCAAUUUUUUUAAAUUAAUUUUUUUCAAAUAAAAUUCUAUUCAUUCUCUAACCAAAACCACUUAAAUAAAUGUUUCAAGCCUUUUUCAAGUUUAUAAGAAUUUAACAAAAACUGUAAUUUAUGCCUUUAGAACUUGCACAAUUACUAAAUUGAAAAGGGCUACAAAACUGCAUACUCGAAAAUUUUCUAAAAAUUCCGAUUAAAAAGUUUUGUCCAUGACAUUAUAUCCGAAUAAUUAAAAUAGAUAAAUAUUAAAACUAUUAAAGUUAUCUCUUUAUCUUAAUAGAUUGUGGAACGGAGUGACAUGUUGGCCCAAAACCAACUUAUUAGGGAAUGUAAAGUGAUGCUGAAAAAGGUUCAGCAGUCGGUUUGUUAUAUGACCGGAGAAACUGAGGACGAAAACAUUCGCGAAAUUUCUUCUCUACUCCAUCUCAAUUCUAAGGAAACUUCGAUUCAAAUGGAAGCAAAAAUUAGUAACGCCGAAUAUAGACAGGCACUGUCAACCUAUAUUUAUAAAUUGAAGGGGCCGUCGGGAUGCCUAAACGACGUGAUUCGUAAGUUGUUUACGGAUGAGUUUUUGCAACACUACAAUUGGGACGGGCGAUGGGAGAGGGAAUCGUUAGCGCAAAUGAAAUUAGUUGACGAAAUUUUAUUUGGCGUAUUUAAAUCUGAAGGAUGAUUACCUUUCGAAAAAAGGGUAAAAAAGUCUAUUGACUUAGCUCACAACCGGCUGAAGCAAAAAAUCCGACUAACGGAACAAAAACAAAAAUAACUUCAAUUUUAUUUUAUUAACCAUACUACUUUCAUAUUUAGUAUAGUAAGUUCAGAAAGUAAGCUAUCGCAUAACAUUACAUUUCAUUUAACGUAAAGCAUACAGUUA